AUGCUCACACUUCCAGCACUCAGGACAUUAUCAGCAUCUGCUGCUCGCACACCUGUGUCGGCGAAAUUUAACUCGACCCAGGCUGGCAGCGGACCCGACGCUUCCUACGGCUCAGCAACUCGUUCCACAGUGCCUCCUCGUUCGACACACGCAUCCUACCACCCAGGAGGAUACGGUAUCUCGGAGGGUCUCAAGCGAGCGCGAAAGCCAUAUCGCUUCCGCAACAUUCUUACCGGCUCUUUAAUCAUGGGAUUCGCCGCCGGUGUCUACUUCUACUCGAUCUCGAAGGUCAAGCAAGACGACUUCUCGGAUCUCGCAGAGGUCAGGGCGCCUGGUGCCAGUUCCAACGCUGGUCCUGUCACCACAGAGGUCGACGACAAGCACAAAGUAUGA